AUGGAGGUAAAUGGACAGCUCGGGAAUGAAACCACUCUGCCGAUUUCCCAAAACAGCGAGGGGGAGCCGGCCUACAGAAUGCAAACAAACACCAUCGAGACUCAACGGGACGCUGGUCAAUAUCUCACUAAAACAAUCAGUCCUCCCUGGAAUCAGCUUGUUGCAAAGCCGAAGGAAUACAACUCGAGAAGUCGUUUGUCAGGCAGAACCCAGCACUGGCAGAUUUACAAUGAAAAGGAAUGGCCACCGCUGCAGAAGACCACGUCUUCUACCCCAGCACCAGAAAGAAAAUUAUCACAGAUCAAGGCAACAACAAAGGCUCAAAGCAAAGUGCCUCAAGCAGCUGGAAUUCCACUGGAAAAUAGAUUUACGCCACUCUCCGAGACCCCUGACCCAGGGAAAGUUGGAACACCGAGCUCGAAAGAGAGGUAUGGUGCUAAUGCAUGUGCUACCAAGCUACAGAGAAAGCGACCCACUGGGCCCCGCACUCUGAUAGUGGGCGACAUUGCUAGUCCCGCAGACGUCACUGUAGAAGAACUUCACCCUGAGAAGCACAAUCCCGUCCACGUUAAACAGGAGGAGCCUGACAUGCCGUUGAUCAAACAGGAGGCGGAGUCAGAGACCUCUGACAUCAAAGAAGAAAAACAGGAAAUUGAAAUCCUCAAGUUUCCAAUGGGUGUCGGUGUGAAGAGCGAAGAAGACGAAGGACCAAGCGAAGAGAGCGGAGCAGCGAACCCUUUGAGCAACAGCUCAUUUCAGCACCAGACAACAAAAGGAGAGCAACCGGACGGCCUCUUAGCUCUGCUUUCGGACAGCGAUGACUCAACGUCACAUUCUUCUGACUUUAAUACUGAUGAGGAGGAGCAUGACUUUGACCAAAAUGCUUCAAAAUCCUUAGACAAGUCAUCAUUUAAAAGAGACGCAAAGGAAGGCGUGGAAAAUUUGAACUAUCACACAAGAACACACACUGGAGAGAAGCCUUUUGCCUGCACACUUUGUGGUAAAAGGUUCACAAGUCAGGGACAUUUAAACAGUCACACAAGAACACACACUAGAGAGAAAUCAUUUGCCUGCACAUGUUGUGGUAAAAGAUUCACCCAUCAGGGAAGUUUAAACUAUCACACAAGCACACACACCGGAGAGAAUCCUUAUGCCUGCACACUUUGUGAUAAAAAAUACUCCACGAAGGCAAAAUUAAACAUACACACAAGAACACACACUGGAGAGAAGCCUUUUGCCUGCGCACUUUGUGGUAAAAGAUUCACCCGUAAGGACGAUUUAAACAUUCACACAAGAACACACACUGGAGAGAAGCCUUUUGCCUGUGCACUUUGUGGUAAAAGAUUCACCCGUAAGGACGAUUUAAACAUUCACACAAGAAAACACACUGGAGAGAAACCUUUUGCCUGCACACUUUGUGAUAAAAAAUUCUCCACGAAGAUACAAUUAAACAUUCACACAAGAACACACACUGGAGAGAAGCCUUUUGCCUGCACAUGUUGUGGUAAAAGAUUCACCCAAAAGGAAAAUUUAAGCAUUCACACAAGAACACACACUGGAGAGAAGCCGUUUGCCUGCACACUUUGUGGUAAAAGAUUCACCUGUAAGGGAGAUUUAAACAAACACACAAGCACACACACCGGAGCGAAGCCUUAUGCCUGCACACUUUGUGAUAAAAAAUACUCCUCGAAGAUGGUUGAAACAGAACUUGAUGGCUCCAAGACAUUGUCGUCCGAGCUCAUCCUCUUCCAUCGGCAGGAUGCUUGGAAACAGGAUGCUUUGUUAAUUUUUUGA